GCUGUGUAAAAAGUAUUCAAUUUAUGCAGUGACAUCCAGUUGUAUCCAUUGACUUCUAUAAGACCUGAAGGGGAAAAGGGGCCGAACCUUUAUAGAAAUCAAUAGUUGUAUCCCCCAACAGGAAGCAGACUUCUCAAGUGUGACAAUCACAAUUACAUUCUUAACUGCCUGAUAAAAGUGAUCAUCAACAUGAUGCAUGAGACGACGUUGUUUAAGGUUGUCAUUGUUUGGACCAUAUUGUCUUUUUCACUGAAUAUUGUGGAGGCCUUGGAUAAAAGUGAUUGUGGAAAGACCCAGAGUUGUUACAGCAAACCUGGAGGUUGUUUGUCUUCUGAGGAUUGUGAAUAUUUACUCAAAUAUUCUGUAUCUAAUGAAAGUGUUGUCUUUGAAAUGUCAUCAAACAAGUAUGAAUGGAUUGCUGUGGGAUUUAAUUUUAUAAGAAACUCAAUGGGUGGUGGAGAGUCAUUGUCAUGUGAGAGAUAUGGCGACAGCAUUAUCCUUCAUCAUUAUGAUAUGCCUAAUGAAACUCGACCAGAUCCCAGCAAUAACUCGCAGGCAACGUUACUAGACAGCCAAAUCUUGACAAAUUAUAUAUAUUGCAAAUUUCAACGCAAACUUCAUCUUCAAGCGAUGAUUAAAUCCAACUUGAAUAACCCAUUUUACUUUCUUUAUGCAGCAGGAGACAUGGCGAAGAAUGGAAAGACCAUAAAAUUUCACAGCUUCUAUGAAACAUCUCUGAAUAAAACAAAUAUAUUUGGGAUUACUGACAACACUGAUCGUACAAAUGCCAGCAAGCUGAUUGACAUCGGCGAAUGUAAAGAAAGCCUUGGUUGUGCUCGAACUCCAUCAGGUUGCCAUGACAAUACCAAUUGCAGAUUUUUAGUGACGUUUGAAAGGGUUAACAGCAGUCUAGAGUUUUCCAUUUCUGGGAAAGCUGAUGGUUAUAUUUCGGUUGGUUUUAACAAGAAGCCGAAAAUGGGAGGAACGGAUGCAGUAAUUUGCCAAAUUCAAGGAAAAAACGUUGUUCUUAAGGUUGCUAACCUGGAAUAUGAUAGUCCAGAGAUGAUGUCAAGCCCUGACAUUUCCCUCCUGGAUGGUAGAUAUGAAGGAGGCAUUAUAUAUUGCAAAUUCCGUCGACCAUUCAAACCGUCAUCAAAGAAAAGACUUUCUCUCAAUGCUCCAAAAUAUAUAAUAUACGGCCAAGGCUCAGGAAGGACAACUUUAAACAAGCAUACAGAUGAAAAUCGGGGCUGUUCGAUGAAAAAGGUCGAUUUUAGAAAUUCUUAUAUGAUGUAUCAGUUUGGUGGUUGUGAUGACGGUACUCUUGAAAUUGUUCAUGGUUCUUUCAUGAUAUUUGCCUGGUUGUUUUUGGUUUUGAAUUCCAUGUUUAUUGCUCGUUACUCUCGUCAUUUGUGGAAAAAUUGGGAAAUCUUCGGUAGUGCAGCUUGGUUUCAGCUCCAUCGUUUGUCUAUGGUUGCUGCUGUAGUUAUGACAGUCAUCGCCAUUAUUAUCAUAUUUCUGAAUAAACAAGGAUGGAGCGAGAGCGCAGGUGCUCAUGGCCCAAUUGGAAUAAUUGUCACGGUUUUUGCAAUCAUUCAGCCAACUGUUGCAAUCUUUAGACCACAUGUGAACCAUAAGAGACGGUAUUUAUUCAACUGGGUUCAUCGAACUCUUGCAAUCAUUCUGUUCGUAUUAGUCAUGGUGCAGUUAUAUGAAGGUGGAGAACUCCUGGAAGAUAGUGGAGGGGAUGUUUCGUCCAAAGUAUUAAUUGCUACCAUUGUCAUAGCGAUUAUCACAGCUUUGAUUUUCGAGUACCUUAGUCUUCGCCUCCGAGCAAAGAAUGUACUUGAUGUGAACGUCAUUUCAUGGGAUGAUGAAGACGAAGUGAAAUCAGAUGUUUCUGACGUAUUUUGGGAGACCAAAGCACAACGUAUUCUGCUCCUUGUUAUCUCGCUUACUACUUUUGUUUUAUCUGUAACAAUGAUUGCUUUCAUCGCAAGUGGUGGAUCUGAAGAUGAAGACGAUGAUUAAAUAACAUCGAAAAUUGUGUCUGCUGAUAUGUAUUAGGUUCAGUUGUACAUCCUAUUAAUAUAGUGUUAAAUAUUGUAAUGGUAGGAAAUAAAAUAAAACUAGUUGCGCAGUCGAUAGAACACGAAAACAGCUUUUAAGUCAUGCUCCUGUGAACACCCCCGGGCAAAUUGUUUGAUGAAAUCAAAUUAUUUUCGCGGGGGGUAGGGAUAAGUAUGUUUCUAUUGCUACUGCUUGCAACAUGUACAUGUAAUCUACUUGCUUAAAAUAAUUUAAAAAUGAUUUUGGUAAUGAUGAUCGUGUAACGAGAAGUGUUCGCCAUUGGCAUCGAUAUCUUCAAUGAAUAAAUAUUCUCAUCAAUA